GUCCCGGCUGCCGCGCGGGGGUCCGCGCCGACGCGGAGAUGAGUGCGGCGGCGCCCGCGCCCGAGCGGGGCUGGAAGAGCGAGAAAGUGGACGAGGCGCAGGCCCUGGCGCGGAGUUGCGCGGCCCGCAGACCCGACUUCCAGCCGUGCGACGGGCUGUCCAUCUGUGCCACGCACAGCCAUGGCAAGUGCUUCAAGCUGCACUGGUGCUGUCACCUAGGAUGGUGUCACUAUCAACCUCUAGUGUCAUGUAGACUCUACAACAGACCAGUUCAGAGCUUGCCCCACAUGCUCACCAUUUUCAGCAAAGCCUUCAUGAAGAUUUGGAAGCAGCACCAUAGGUGGGCAUGCAUCAUGCCAUCCAGUAUCACUACAAAUGGGCAUCAAGGAGGAGGAAGAAGAGGAGUUAUUUCUGUACCUCUGGUCAUCAGGUCAUCCUCUAGCGCUACAGUAUGCUUUCUUUGCUGAAAGGAAUCCAGGUAAGUGGUUGCUUCCUUCUCCAUUGACAUUCCAGAUCAGAGCAACAGGUUGUUCAUGAGAUUCCUGGCAUCCACACAAUGUGAGGGCUUCCAUGUGCCCAGAGCUGUUGAAGACCAGGUUCU